GCUGGAUCCUCCACGAGAAGCGACCAGCCACUGCAGAACCCGCAGGCGCCCGGCAUACUCUCACACGUGCAUACGUCCGUGCGAACCGCCAGCGUAUUCAUCUAUCCAGACCUGCCCAAACCCGUCGGCCACUUCUUCUUUUCUUCGUAGCUGGACUCCAAACAUCGAUACACCUCUCCUUGUUCAACCUUUUUGCGUUGCUUGCGACCAAAGAGCUGGCCUCUUGUUUCCUUUCCAUCAUCUUAGAGGAUUCAUCCCAGCCGUCUUACACGCAGCAGCACUGCUUGUACCAUUGUAUCUGACAGCAUGUCCAAUAGUCAGAAGCCAGAAGUACAGUUCGCAGUACGCGAAAGAUCAGCCUCCGGAGAUUCGCAAACGACAACACGAUCAGCUCUAUCAGUCAAGACACCGUCACUAAAAUCACCGAGAACGGCUCGCUUUGCGGAGGCUACUGCUGUCAACUCCCCAAUUGAACCUUCCAAGGCUGGACGUAACCCAUUCAAGGAGCCACCGACGACAUACCAAAUGGCUCAACCACAGGUCGCAGACGUUGGUUUUGGCUACGUGAAUAAGCACGACUCCGUGGAAAUGCCCAACACAGAUUACGAACCGCCGGUCACGGCUCGAGCAAUGCCUAUGAGCCCUCUCAAGAGCGCCAUGAAGACUCCUGGUGCGCCUCCCAGAGACCUCGGCAACAUUCUGAGCCCAACGUUCAAGCAAGAAGAAAUACUGGAGAAGCACGAGCACUACACCGAAAAGGAGCAAGCCAAGGACAUUAAAGUCAAGACACGAGUACGAAUCGCAAAAGUGCUCCUGCGAGGGGUGAACUUCUCGUGUUCACUGAUUGUAAUUGGCAUGCUUGCUUCCACCUUUGCCAUAUUCAAUGCAACGAAAGCACUCCCUCCACGAAACGGACUACCGCCUUGGGCAAAAAACCAGAAGACGUGGCCGCAAAUUCUCCUCCUGAGCAUAGCCGUCAUUUCUCUCGUUGCCUGUAUCAUCAUUUUCUACAGCUACUGGAAAGGAGGUCAUAGACGAGCAGAAAAGGCUGCCGUCUAUUACACCGCUCUAUCCGUGAUAUUCUUUGUAUUCAGCAUUGUCAUGUGGGCAAUUGGUGCAGCAGUGCUUCAGCAACAGAAGAAUAACAGCAAAAACAAGGAUAUGUGGGGAUGGUCUUGCGUGAACAACGAGAGAAAGUCGCUGUUCGAGAACGACGUGUCGUACGAUCUCAUCUGUCGCCUACAGAACUGGUCACUGGUCUGUGCCCUGAUCGAGGUCGUUGUGGAGGUGAUUGCCAUCGUGGUGUACAGCUUCGUCUUUUACCGCUUCUACUCCAAACGACAACUACGAAAGUCCAUGGCCGCCCGCGACCGUGCCCGAAGCGACCUCUAUCUUGCCCAGCUACGAUCACAGUCUGCGCCCAACACACCCGCACCUUUCUCUCCACGCGAUGGAGGCUGGCGUGCACCGAAUCAAGACAACUACAAGCACGCGGUAUCCAUCGAAGAAGGCGAGGUGCGAUAUGUCGAUGCAGAUCGAAUAGCACAGCCAGCACCAUUCCGCCUGCAAGCACCACCGAUCAAGGUGACGAACGCGACACCAAAGAUGCAACAAAUGGGCUUUACGCCUGUAGUCACCGAAGUUCGGCCCCGAGACCGCACGCCUUCACCACCCACGGACCAGAGAUCGCCACUGAUGUCUGAACAACCUCGGGAAAUGGUCCAAGAGCACUUUGCUGCUGCACCUGGUGAGCAAGUGUACGAUGCUGUACCCAUACCGGGUGCAUACGAAGCGCCGCUUUCACCAGGAAUGGAGCAUGCACACAUGGACUUUCCUCGGUGAUGGGUUCAGCGUGGAAUGAAGACUUGAAUGUGGAGCGUUUGGGUUAUGCGAGGGGUGGCGAGACCAAGAAUGUUGGAACGGCUACUCACGACUCUCAUCGCUUUUUUUGACGCCAGAAGUACAGGCUGGAUGGUUUUGGCUUUCUCUAUGUUUUAAUGAUACCUCUACAGUUGAUGGGAAAUACUUUGUGAAUUGAAAGCAAAAAGGUUGAACCAAAU